CUCUCUGUCCCGUACCCCCGGGUCCCCCCGGCGGGGCGGAGCCGCUGUCCGCUAUAAACAGCCGAUACCGGCAGCCGCCGCCCUCCCGGUGCAACCAUGAGCCGCCGUGACCGCGACCCCGGGACGCCGCCGCCCCUCACCGUGGCCCCAGGGCGGCUGGCGGCGGCGGCGGCAGCGCGGGGAGCGGAGCGGGAGGAACUGGCUGCGCUGAACGAUCGUUUCGCCGCUUUCCUGGAGCGGGUGCGGGCGCUGGAGCGGCAGAACGGGACCCUCCGCGCCGCCCUGGGCCGCGCCACCGCCGCCACCGGACCCCGCACCGGGCUGGUGCAGGGGGAGCUGCGGGGGCUGCGGGAGCGGCUGCAGCGCCUCGGCCGCGACCGGGACCGGCUCCAGGCUGAGCGGGAUGGGCUCGCCACCGACCUGGCGGCCCUGCGGCAGCGGCUGGAGGACGAGACGCAGAAGCGUGAGGAUGCCGAGAAGAGUCUGGUGUUGUUCCGUAAGGACGUGGACCACGCCACGCUGUCCCGCCUGGAGCUGGAGCGCAAGGUCGAGCUGCUGAUGGACGAGAUCGGCUUCCUCAAGAAGCUGCACGAGGAGGAGCUGCGGGACCUGGAAGUGAGUGCCCCGAGCCCGGUGGGGCUGGCCGAGGUGGAGGUCUGCAAGCCGGAGCUGACGGCUGCGCUGCGUGAGAUCCGCACCCAGUACGAGAGCAUCGCUGUCAAGAACCUGCAGGAAGCCGAGGAGUGGUACAAAUCAAAGUUUGCCGACCUCUCGGAUGCAGCAAACCGUAACCACGAGGCGCUGCGGCUGGCCAAGCAGGAGAUGAACGAGUCCCGGCGGCAGAUCCAGAGCCUGACCUGCGAGGUGGAUGGGCUGAAGGGCAUGAACGAGGCGCUGCAACGGCAGAUGCGGGAGAUGGAGGAUGAGUUCGGGGAGGAGAUCGGAAACUACCAGGAUGUGGUGGGGAGGCUGGAGCAGGAGAUCCAGCAGAUGAAGGAGGAGAUGGCGCGGCACCUGCGCGAGUACCAGGACCUGCUUAACGUCAAGAUGGCCCUGGACAUCGAGAUUGCCACGUACCGCAAGCUGCUGGAGGGCGAGGAGAGCCGGAUCACCAUCCCACUGCACCCCACCACCUCCUUCAGCAUGAGAAGCUCAGUGCUGGAGCCCCAGCCCCCAGAGAGCCCGGCACGGAGGAUGGUGCUCAUCAAAACCAUCGAGACACGGGAUGGGCAGCAAGUGGUGACGGAGUCACACAAGGAGCGAGCAGGGAAGUGACAGAGGGGAGCUGCUGUGAUGGCCCCGACCCCGUGGUGGGAGUUUUGCCAGACCCUGCUGCAUCCUGUGCGGGGCAUGGAGGAGAGCAGGGGGGCUGGGAGCCCCCAAAUUCCUAUUCCUGCUGUCAGCACCACGGCACGAUGCCGUGGUGUGUCCCUGUGCCUUUGCAGUGUGUCCCUGUGCCUUGUCCCCCCACUAUUUAUCGCUAUUUAUUGCCCAUUUAUUAUUCUCCCAACCACGACCCCAGCUGUAUUUAGUAUCGAGUGUUCCCUGUGCUGCCCUGGGGCCGAGGGGGGUCCCGGCCUCCCUCCUGCCACCAGAGCUGGCACCGGCUGCCCCCGGGGUUGGCGGGUCCGGUGGCAUCCAAGCGCUGUCCCCUCUGGUGUCACCGCCCCGGCGAGGGAGUCAGGAACGAGCUCAGUCCCGGCUCUGAAUCCCCGGGGGUCCCCCUCCUUCCCGGGACCCCGCGACGUCCAGAGGACCGACGGGCACGCCCGGUAUCCCGGAGAGCUCCAGGCCCACGGAGUUUCCGUCCGGAGAGGGAUCGGUGCUCCCGGAGCAUCGCGGGACCGGCGGCACCUCCGGGAGCGCCGCGCUCAUUCCUUACCGGCACCGCCAGAGGGCGCCACCGGCACGGCCCGAUCGCUGCCGCGGGUUAAUUACGUGUUAAUUAAGGGUUAAUUACAGCGUGAUGAGGUUCUGGGUGUGAGGGGAAACACCCUGAUUUCUAGAAUUGCGUUAUUUUAAGCAUUUUUUGGCAUGGUUAAUUGCGUUGCUUUAACCAAAGUAUGCAAGAUCGCGUUAAUGCAGGAUUUGCUCAUUAAUUUUGCUAUUUUAAGCAAAUUUUUGCACUAUUUCAUUAUUUUCAGCAUUUUUACGCACAAUUGAUUGAAUUAUUUUAAGCAAAUUACGCACAAUUGCGUUAUUUGAACAAAUCUUGCACACAUAAUUGCAUUAUUUUAAGCAAAUGUUGCAUUAUUGCAUUUUAAGCAUUUUUUCACAUCAUUGUGUUAUUUUAAGUACUUUUUUGCAUUAUUGUGUUACUUUUAGCAAAUUACACAAAAUUGCAUAAUUUCACGGAAUUUUGGCAUCAUUAAUUGCAUUAUUUUAAGCAAUUUUCGCAUCAUUAAUCACAUGAACAGAGGAAUAUCAAAUUGCAUUACUUUAAGAUAGCUUUUCCAUGAUUAAUUACGUUAUCUUAGGUAAUUUUUCGCAUGAUUGAAUUGUUUUAACCAUUUUUUUGCAUAAUUAAUAGCAUUAUUUGAAGCACUAA